UUAAUUCUAUUCUACAGAAAAAGAAAAAAAAAAAAAAAUGGGUUGGACGGCUUCUGGUAUAGCUCUAGCAAGGUCCUUUAACAUGUCGGCGAUAGACACCGGCCGUUUACGCCACCGUGGUCCGAUCAUUGCCGGUAUAGGUUUCGCCUCCGUCGCCGGCACCACCUUGUGGCGGCGGUCUUCAUUUACCAACAGCCGGUCAAACCCGUUUGCUUGCUUGAGCAUUUCUACUGAUGCUAGCAUCAAGGAAGCUGUUGUAACAGACAAGGCUCCAGCAGCUCUGGGUCCUUAUUCACAAGCCAUUAAGGCCAACAAUACUCUAUUCGUCUCUGGUGUUCUUGGUCUUAUUCCUGAGACAGGAAAGUUUGUGUCGGACAGUGUAGAGGAUCAAACAGAGCAGGUCCUCAAGAAUAUGGGAGAGAUACUGAAAGCCAGUGGAGCUAGCUAUUCUUCAGUGGUUAAGACCACAAUCAUGUUGGCGGAUCUGAAAGACUUUAAGAAAGUUAAUGAAAUCUAUGCUAAAUAUUUUCCUGCACCAGCUCCUGCACGGUCAACGUACCAGGUUGCUGCAUUGCCGCUUGAUGCAAGGAUUGAAAUAGAAUGCAUAGCAUCUCUUUAGUGUUUCUCUGAUUCCAAGUAACUCUACUUCAAAGAUGCCGUAAAAUAAGGGAUCAAUGUUGUAUAUCUUAUCCCCCUCCCUCUCCCCAAAUGCUUGUCUGGAUAACUAAUCAUUCAACAUUGAGUUGCUGAGAUUUAUAAAAAGUUCAUGCUGUAGGAAACCAAA